GCAAUCAUUGUCCUAACACUCUCUCUAUAUCUCUCUCUCUCUAGCUUUCUCUCUCUAUAUCUCACGUCACCGGCCACUAUUCUCUCCGCCGGCCACGGCGGCUGUUUUUGAACACUGGAAGCUAGUGGCAUCUUUAAGGAUGUUUGACUAUUGUUAAGCCGGUCAAAGUCUUUGUACUUAAUAAUAUUUAGAAAUUAUUUUAUGGAUAUGAAUAAUAGUUUGAGAACGGAAUCUCAUGUAGCUCAAAAAAACCGGCGACAUAAGUUAAGGUUUCAACAUAGCUCAGAUGACCCGACCCAUCAACAUGACCCAAGUAGAUACGGAUCCAUUUCAUAUGACCCAAGUGUGUUUCCACCUGAAAUGCUUAAUUCUAUAGCUAGCAAUCCACACCUUUUGUUACCUCAAAACCAUGCUUUAUUUACUAUUUCUCAUGAUCAAGAUUCCGGUCCCGGUGCAUCUCCGGCGAGUUUUCCGUCGUGUAAAGUGAUCGGAGAUAAUAGUAAUUGGAAAAGUGUUGUGACUAGUAGUAGUUCACGAAACCAAGUUCAAGUUAGUAAUGAUGAACAUAAUAGUAAUUGGAAUAAUAAUAAUAAUAAUAAUAAUAAUGUUGGUGUUGUUGGUUGUUCUCAAAUAAUGGUGGUUGAUCAUCAUCAUAAUCAAGAUUUGCAUAAUUCUAAUAAUAAUAAUAAUAAUGAUGGUCAUUUAGGUGAUCAUCAAAAGAAUUACGGCGAAGUACCCACGUUUAGUACUUCGCCGUAUUACCAAAAUAUUAGUCUCCAAGAGGUUGUCACAGUUGGAAAUGUUCACCCAAGUAAAAACUUUUUGGAGAUGAGUAAUAAUAAUCAUGAGUCUGCAGUUCCUUGUUGGAUGAAUAAUAAUGCUACUUCUGAUCAUCAUCAGCAGUUAGGGUUUAUAGCACAUAGAAAUAAUAAUAAUAAUAAUGAGGGUAGUAGUAAUCGUAUGAUCACACAAGGCUUAUCGUUAUCGUUAUCCUCCUCGGUUCCUCGAGCUAAGAACGAGUACCCAAACAACCUACAUUCAAAAGGUUUGAAAGGAGGAGGGGAUCAUGUUUUAGGGAUGAAUAACUCGGAUGCGAAACAAUUGAUGGGGAUGUAUAGGAACAUUGGGCCUCUUGGGCCAUUUACGGGUUAUGCUACAAUUCUUAAGAAUUCAAAGUAUUUGAAGCCAGCGCAAGAAUUGUUGAAUGAUAAUUGUGAUGUUGGGGGUCAGGAUCCGUUGGUUCAAACAGCAUGUCAUGAUCAGGAUAAUGAUCAUGAUACUCACAAAAUUCUUCAUGAAGAAAUGAGUAGGGUUACUUCGGGUGAGUCUACUGGUGCUUCUUCGUCAUCUACGAUUUAUGGUUCGAAUGAGUAUUUUACCGGCCGAAGCAGUUCUCUAUCCGAAUCAUAUCGGCCCGAGUUUCAUCAAAAGAAGGCCAAGUUAUUAUAUAUGCAGGAGGAGGUAUGCAGAAGGUACAAACAGUAUCAUCAGCAGAUGCAAUUGGUGAUUUCCUCUUUUGAAACAGUGGCCGGACUUACAACAGCGACUCCUUACGUUUCGUUGGCUUUAAAGUCGGUUUCACGCCAUUUCCAUUUUGUCAAGAAUGCCAUUUCUGAGCAACUCACACAAAUGAAGAAAACCUUUGAAGAUUUGUGUUCUCCAAGUAAAGCCUUUGAUGGUAACACAACGGAUUCAUUGUCUCAGUUGAAGUCAAUGGACCGUCACUUUCAAAGACAUGGGAGUUCUAGUGGUGGAACGGGUUUGUUUGGAAACCAACAACCUGUCUGGCGACCUCAGCGAGGCCUUCCUGAACGUGCAGUCUCGGUUCUUAAGGCUUGGCUCUUUGAUCAUUUUCUUCACCCGUAUCCCUCUGAUGCUGACAAGCAUAUGUUGGCGACUCAAACAGGCUUAACAAGAAAUCAGGUCUCAAACUGGUUCAUAAAUGCCCGAGUGCGCAUUUGGAAACCCAUGGUUGAAGAAAUCCAUUCCCUUGAAACUAAAGGAUUGGCUGACUCGAAUACAAACAAUAGUACUCCAGCUGAUUGUCAAGAGACAACCCGUAUGGACACGAGCUCAGUGGCAAACAAACAAGCAGCGGAAUCUUCAAGGAAUUCUGGACCAUUAACCAUAUUAAAUGGCCAGAAUGCACCGAAUGAGCAACUAUGGGACCACGACAAACAACGGUCAAGACAAGACUAUCAGAUUCCUCCAGCCACAUUGGACCGGACCUUUACAUCCAUUAUCCCCUACUCACGAACCACGUUUGAGGCAGGUGGGGUUGGACCCGUUUCACUUACUUUGGGACUCAGGCAAAACGCUGAACAUGUGCAACAGUUGCAGCAACAUGAACAUCAGCUUAGACAACGGUUUGGAGGUCAGUUGAUUCAUGAUUUUGUGGGCUAGUUUUGUAAUUUUUACUACGAUAAAAUUUUAUUGUAGCAUCAAGAAAAUCUUAUAUAAGUUGAAAUUUGUAUUUUCAGGAAAUUAAGCAAAACUGGUAGAUUGGCAUUAUUAUUAUUUAAAAAGGCUUUAUAUAUGUUGGUUUCUGAA